UAAAAGGUUUUACUCAUUUUGUGUAGUAUAAAUUCUAUUUACAAAUUUUCUACCACAAGAUCUGGAACAUAGCGGUUCUGGAAACACGCCAAGCCUAUUUGCAGUCACCGCUAGUGGCUCUGUCUUCGCUUGGGGCAAGAAUGAGUGCGGCCAGCUAGGACUGGGAAUAAAACAAGACACAUUCUUGUUUCCAUCAAAAAUAUCGGGCAACUUAAAAGGCAGCAGAGUUGUGCAAGUCGCAUGCGGCCUUGAACAUACUUUGCUUCUCACGUCAGACGGAGUGGUCAUUAAACUCGAAUUAAAUCUUACUGAAUGUACUAAUCGGUUCGGAGAUACCUUAGGUCUACGCUUCCGGGAGAAACACAUCCCGGCAAUUGGGUAUUGGAAAUCGAAAUGGCAAAAACAAAUAUGCUCUGAUGAAAGUAGGAGGCCCGCUAAAUGGUAAAUUUGUGACUGCCAUUGCGUGUAAAAUGCACGCGUCUAUAGCACUGCUCGAUUCGGGAGAGGUCUUCGCAUGGGGAGAUAACAGUGACGACAUUUUGGGUCUGGGUCCUUUAGAAGAGAUGAGGAUUAGCAUUCCGUGCAAAGUGCCUGGUUUGGAAGAAAUAUCAAAAAUUGUGUGUGGGCCAAGGCACGCAAUGGCUCUGUCCCGAGAUGGAAAACUCUUUUCUUGGGGAAGUAACUUCGACGGUGAAGUUGGCACUGGACCCACUUUCGAACUAAUCACCCGCCCGACCUUGAUUGCAGAGAACAUUGGAAGGAUUAAGGAUGUUGCUGCUUCUAAUUACUACGAGAAAAAACCUUGUGCUGCAAUUACUGAGACGGAUGUGGUUUUCAUGUGGGGCCAAUGCAGAGAUGCAAUUAUAAGGAGUCCUACAAAAACCACAUUUUCAUCUCUGGACGAAGUUUUUGCAAAAGUCCCAACGCAAGCAGCCACAUGCCGAGCCUUGCGUCCUGAACAGAAACAGACCUGCUCAUCUGUAAAUGCUUGGUUAAACCACUUUUUCGACGACACCGAGUCCGCUGACUUUGUAUUUUCUGUCGAGGGAAAGAAGAUACACGUUCAUAAACUGAUUCUUUCAAUGCGAUGUGCCUACUUCAGGAGCAUGUACAAAGGCAGUUGGAAGGAGAGUAGCACAAGCGAGCAAACAAUCAACGAAUACAGCUUCACUGCGUUCUAUAACUUCUUGAAAUUUUUCUACUACGACAAAAUUGACUUGCAGCCAGGCUCCUUGGCAAUAUUCGAGUUGGUUCGUUUGGCCAAUUUCUAUCAAAUGGAGGAACUGCAAGAGAUCUGCGAAAAAUUCAUGAAAAGCAACACGUCGGUCGGCCACGCAGCUUUGAUUUACGAAACGGCUGUGCAAUACGGUUUCAAGGAACUUGAAGAGUUCAGCUUCAGUUUUUGCAUGAAACACUUUUCUGAGGUGGCCAAAACUGACGCUUUCAACAACCUUCAGGAGGAUAUUGCAAAGAAAUUUCUUCUGCGAGCUGCCUAUUUGGGAGCGUUGGCGUAUAGCAGUUAAUCCAAAUAUCUGAUUUCACAAAAGAUAUUGUCUUCAUACUAUACACAUUUCUCUU